AAUUUGUGUCUUUGGUUAUAGAGAGUAUUUUGUAAUAUAACAAUUUUCUAUCCAUAUAGAGGAGGCAUACUUUAAAUGUAUUGAAAUUAUAAGGCAUCUUUGAGUAAACUUCGAGUAUCAUUUGAGUAUCUCAUUGCCGGGCUGAGUGUCCUAAAGCAUUAUUUGUGAAACAUUUAUAUACGUUGAAUAUAUGUGAAAUUUGUUAUGUUAAGACCCAUAUGCAGUUUGGGAGGAGGUGGGUGUGGCGCCUGUUCUCGGAACGCCCUUAUUUGGGAAACGUCUGCGACUCAUUCUGGCGUUUAAUGCUGAUGAGGAGAACUGUAACCUACAACCUCCACUGUAGGACUGAAUUAAGGGCAGAGCUGCCUCACUAGAGUUUAAGAAGCACGAUAGUGUGAUGAUGAAGAUGGAGCAGCACGAAAACAUCCAGACGACACAAACACCAGAUGAGACGAAAACUUCUCAGCCUUCACCAGGGCAAGACCGGACGAAUAAAAGAAGAGAAACACUUCCUCCACUACAAGUUUGUAGUCCUGACUAAAGCAGACACAUUCCCAGAGUUCAGUGCUGAAGUUGUUGCUGAUGACAGACAGAUGAAACACUUCAGUGAUGAAGAAAGAGUCUGGAUUCUGACUGAAGAUGACUGGACUGAACCUCCAGAUCCACCUGAUCAUAGAGACUGGUUCAUUCAUCAGAUCAGGACUCUGACAAACUGCACAAACUCACAGUGUUCUGAGCUUCAUGUUCUUCAGAGAAUAAUUGGCUGUGAACUGGAGAAACUUCCUGAUGGAACAGUGAAUCUGACUGUCUUUGAUGAAUAUGGAUUUGAUGGAGAGGAUUUUAUAUCCUUUAAUUCUGACACUAUGAAGUGGAUUGAUAAAAGCCCCAAAGCCAAAGAAACCAAAGAGAAAUGGGAUCGUCAAACAGGACGAAACCAGUUCAUCAAGUUUUUCCUCAAGACCUACAUGAACUGGAUCUCAACAUUUAACAACACAAAACACAGUUCUCCAGAUGUUCGUGUCUCUGUGAGGAAAGCUCCUGAUGAUGACAGUAAUCUGGUGCUGACGUGUCUGGCCACUGGUUUCUACCCCAGAGAUGUUCAGAUGAACAUUAGAUUGAACAGAAUUAAUCUUAAGCAUCAAACAUCUUCAGGAAUCAGACCAAAUGAUGAUGAAAACUUUCAGAUGAGAAUCAGUGUGAAGAUCAACAGAAACCUCAAAGGAUCUUAUGAUUGUCUGGUCAUUCACAGCAGUCUGACUGAACCAGUUUCAGUAAAAUGGGAUGGAAGAUGUUCUGACUGUGAAACGGAUCAUAUAUGGAUCGUAAUAGCAGGAAUAGCAGCAGCUGUAGCUCUCGCUGUGAUUGUGAUUAUAACUGGUUACUGCAUCUACAAACAGAAAAGGUCAAAUGCUCAGACAGCAAUAACAGAGGAGAAUAUUAUGAAGACAGAAACACAUAAUCAUCAUCUCCACACACAGGUAUCUUCAUCACAUUUAUUGUCUGUCUUUGUGCAAAUAAUCAUAAUUCAGUCCAAAGUGUCAAAAAAGCAAAAGUGUGAUUUCUUAACUUGGAAAAAUCAUGGAAAAUAAAAUCUUAAAAUGUCUUGGAAAACUUUUUUUUUUAAAUAAUGAAUUACAUUUUUCUUAUAUCGAGGUCUAAAAUAUUUUAUAGGGUAGAAAUUUAGGAUCAGAUACUCCCAGAUUGCACACACUGGAUGAAGGUCUAACCAACACUCCAUCAAUAUGAAUGAAGAUGUUGAGAAGAGCCAAGGGGUUUAAGACUGACUAACAUGAUUUCAGUUUUACAGCAUUCAGUUUUAAGAUCUUUAAAUGUGUUGUAUGUGAUUUCUCAAGUUCGUUGUUGAACAUGUUGAUAUUUGAAAUCAACCCAAACAAACCCACCCUUUUCUUCAUUGCUCCGCCUCCAAAACCCACACUCCAAACCUAACUACCCUGCCCCGAGUUGGUCUCGAACCCUGGCCUGAUCGCUGCUUGAACUUGAGGCGAAUACACUACGAAUGACGCUAAAUGCCGCAUUCUCUAUCGGUUGUCAGUGUGCCGCAGUUUAACAGCAAAACUCUCACUAUCUGGCCUCUGUUACACACGCAAUACGAGAGUGGAGUCUGUUUAUCACAGCUGACACACAACAAAUGGCAUGAUGAUGAACAAAUGACAAGGAAGCACAAAAAAUGAACGUACAAUACUCAAGAGUAAAUACAAUCAAGUGUUCGUUGUUAGUCGCAAACAGCACAGCAGCUCCAGACAAUCAAACCCAGUGUUAC